UUUGUUCAUGCCUUUAAAACACCGCCGGAGAAGAAAAAGGCGGAAGUCCAUAAGCGAGUCGAUGUGAGACAAAGAGCGAGGUUGAUGUCGUGUAAGAGCAUCGAACUUCUAUUAGCCAUCUGGACUGUUUGAAAGAACGAUGACGUCUUACGAGGAGCAACCUUGUCGAGAGAACGAACGACAGCAGGACGACAAGACGACGCCUCCAGUCGUGUUCUACACUCAAGAUUGCAGAGAGGAACUACCCCCUCAGCUGCAGGCGGGGACCUCCAGUUUGCGUCCGCAGGCCCCUUACACCAAAGAGGAAGCGGAGGAUCCGGAGCUUGUCCACGUUAAAGAGGAAGGGGAGGAGGUUGACGUCAGCACGUUGCCACUGAACGUCGUCGUCGUGAAGAGCGAAUAUGAAGAAGACGAAACACCCGAGUGGUCACAGGUUCACCAUCACUGCCCAAGUGGAGGACCACCACCAGCAGUCAACCUGUCAGCUCCACUGUCACAUAGCCAAGACAUGAAAGAACUUUUGAGGAGCAGCACAGACUGCAAAGGUGACAAGAAACACUUGAAAUGCUCUGAAAAAGACUCAACGUAUGUGGGAGCACACACACAUGAAGACAAUUUUAUUUGCUCCGUUUGUGGCGAAAGCUUUACCGAGGCAGAUAGGAUUACGCACAUGAAAACACACAGCAGAGAGAAAGUUUUUGGCUGUUCUGUUUGCGGUGAAACAUUUGCAGAAAAGGUCGCUUUGAUCGUACACAAAGUAACGCACACGGCAGAAAAUCCUUUCACUUGCUCAGUUUGCGGCAAGGUAUAUUUGAUCAAAGACUAUUUGAAUAAACACAUGAGAACGCAUACAGGGGAAAAACCUCACAGUUGCUCAGUUUGUGGUGAAAGGUUUGCUCACAAGGCCACUUUGAUAGCGCACACAGCGACACACACAGGAGAAAAACCUUUCACUUGCUCCGAUUGUGAUAAAAACUUUUCUUAUAAGUCCGAUUUGACUAAGCACAUGAGAACACACACAGGAGAAAAACCCUUUAGUUGCUCGGUUUGUGGUGAAAAAUUUGCUCGCAAGGUCUCUUUAAUUGCACACACAGCCACGCACACGGGAGAAAAACCUUUCACUUGCUCAAUUUGUGGCGAAACUCUCUCAUAUCGCCACAGUUUGAAUGCACACAUGCGGAUGCACACGGGAGAAAAACCAUUUACUUGCUCAGUUUGCAGUGAAAGUUUUGCUCGAAAAGAAAAUAUGAUUGCACACAUGAGAAGACACACAGGAGAAAAACCUUUUACUUGUUCGGUUUGUGGGAAAAACUUUUCUCACAAGUCCGCUAUGAGUAGACACAGGAAGGCACAUGCGGAUGAAAAACCUUUCACUUGCUCAUUUUGCGAUGAGAGCUUUUUGAAGAGGUCCAGUUUGACGGCACACAUGCGUAAACAUAACGGAGAAUAAAUGCUUUCCUCCCAUGUUUGUGCUCAAAGAGGUGGGUGGACAUAACAGUCGAUUGCAGCAGUUGUUAAGAAUUGAUCAGUUGUGUGAUGAUUGAAGUGAAAAUGGAAAGCACCAUUCAGGGCAACUUUAAUCUGACCCGUAUUUAUAAAUCCGUUUUAAAAUAAUAGUUAAAAAUCAUAUUUUGGUUUGUAUUGUUUUCUGUUAACUUUGCGACACAUUACUAUGUUAUCGCAUUGAGUAUUUUGGAGUCUGAUUUGGGUUCUUGAUUUUAAUUUGUUGUUGCUAUAUUUUGUUUUAUUAAUUGUCAGUCAUAUGUUUUGUUUGUGUUGGUCACAAUCUUUGCAAUAAAGAGGAGACUGCUCACAUUCGGA